AUGUGGCUCCUGGGACCCUGGUUCCUCUGUUUGGGAAACUCCUGGUUCCUGAAGGCGUCAGACACCAACGAACGAAGGAGACCCCACAGUCUGAGGAGAACAAGACUUUUCUGCCUGAACCUGAAGCUUCGUACACGGAACAUGAGACCAGUGUGUGACAGAGACCGGACCGGACCAGGCCAGACUGGACCAGGCCAGACUGGACCAGGCCAGACUGGACCAGGCCAGACUGGACCAGGCCAGGCCGGACCAGGCCAAACGGGACGGGACCGGACCAGACAUACACAAAGUGAUCUUCCUCCAUCACAGACUGUGGAGAGGACCGGGGCUACAGGGAAACUGGAGACUGCGUUUUGA